AUGAUUAAAAAUUGUUUUAAUCAUACAAAAAUUCUUUCAGAAAUUUUAAAAUCAGAAAUUAAUGAAGAGAUAGGAGUAAAUACUGAGAAUUCAUUUACAACUAUUAAUGAACUAAGUGAUAUUCAAGUAACUAAAGAAGUUGAUGAAUUUUUAGAACAAAAUAUGACCAAUAUGCUGCCUACUGAUCAAAAAAUCAUAGAUUUAACAAGUGAAGAAGUUAUAAACCAGGAACCUGCAGAUUCUAAUAAUGAAGGGCAUGAGGUUACAAAAAAAGAAGCAUUGGAUGCACUUGAUACACUUUUUUUAUAUCUCUUAUAA